GGAGAGAAACAGAGUGGAGUAAAAUUGCGGAAACAGAUCCCGCCUCUCCCUCAGUAAGGUGCAGCCAGACAGUGAUGGAGCGGGAGCCGGGCCCCGGGGAAGAGGCGCUGCUGCGGGCCCUGGGCGAGCUGUCGCGGGCCGGCAGGGCGAUCCUAGCUGCGGCCAAGGCGGACAGCUGUGGUGGAGGAGGAGCGGCUCCUGAAAUGUUGCAAGAGUUUGUUUCUCAGAAGAUAGGACGCAUGGGUGGAAUGAUUCACUUGUAUGCAAACUUUCUCAACAGUUUGCAUGUGCACAAGAGAAGUGAGGCUGAAGACCUAUGGGAGACAUUUUAUCACUCUGCUUCUGUCCGGGAUCACGUAGAAGAUUUGCUACAAUUUGAGCUGGAGUGGAACAGCUUCCUGAGUGAGGUGGAUGCCGGAUUAAAGGCCAACUGUUUACAGGCCCAGUUGAAAUUGGGAACACAGGUUCCUGGGCACAUGACAUUCACUGAAGCGAGAAGUGGGAGGGAAGUUCAACUUGAGGAGAUCCUCCAGCAUCGGGAGAAGCUGUUGCUUGUCUUGCUGAGACAUUUUGCAUGACUACCAUGACGAGAUCAUUUGGCACAGCUUCAGAAGAAUCAGAGCAGUCUGGAUGCUGUGCCACUGAAGGUUCUAGUGAUCUCGUUUGGCUGCCGUGAAGGUGCACUCCAGUGGCUUCAGGAGACAAAGUGUCCCUAUGACAUGUUGUUGGAUCCCAGUCGCCAGUUGUAUCAUGCAUUUGGUUUGGGAGCAUCCGUUGAAAAAGUCUGGAAUGUCAGUGUACUUACCUACUAUGCUGAACAAAUAGUCUGCAGUCGCUCCUUGCCAAAGAAAAUAGAAAACAUUGUGGAUGAUCCUCACCAGCUUGGUGGUGACUUUGGUUUGAAUCAAAAUGGGACCGUGAUCUUCUUCCAUCCCAGCAGCAACCCAACUGACAGACCUGACUUAUCGGAAAUACUGCUUGCCAUGCAAUAAAGCUGCUCAUGUAGGACAGCAAGAAUAUUUUUACUUGGAGAGGGUUCCUUGAUCCUGGGUUUUGUUCCAUUAAUUCACACAAGAUAUUAAAGAGGCUGACAAAUAAUUAAUGAUAGGUUUGACUGUCUUAAAGCAGCAAGGGUUGGAUUUUGUUCAGGGGCACAUUUGGCAGUGGGAAAUGGUGGAUAUGGUUGGGAUCCAUUGACAUCUAGGAGAAGGUCGAGGACGAAAGGUGAUGUGAUUUCCAGAUGAUUUCACUGCAGCUUAUUUAUGUCAGAAUUUCCUCAUGGUGCUUUGAGGAAAAUUGACUGGGAUCAAAAAGGGUCAAGAAUUACUCACUCGUUAUGAUCAUCUGUCUCUUUAAACAAAAUGCUGGGAAAACUGGAGUGGGCCACUCUGAUUUUCUUUUCUCACAUUGCCCACCCAUUCUAAGAUGCUAAGAACUGAACACAGUAUCUGAAUUGAGACAGGUCAAGUAUUUUGGCAAAACUGACUUGGAAGUUUAAUUGUUUUUCCUGUGGAUGCUGUUCAUUGAAAAAUGAAAUCAGUGUGAAGAAUUUAGUGUUUUUAGUAUGAUGUGUGGGAGGUGGUGAACAGCUGUUGUAAAGGGUCCUUGCUUCUUUUGUGUGUAUGAAGGCAGUGCUAUCACUCAGGGUGUCUGAAUAGUACUGCUUGAUGUAAAACAGGUCAGCAUGACUCCUUAAAACACGAGGCAUCUACUUACAAGUUCGCUCACUGUGAUUGAUAACUUGGCAUUGAAACAAUUCAUUAUUAAAAGAUUGAAUACGUCUUGAUUUUUCUAUUACUUAAUUCACAUUGCUGCAGAAAGUCAAAGGUUAUAUCUUUUGUGAUAGUCUAAAAUAUUUUGUAGGUGAAUCAAUAAAUACUUAUUCACAAAGAGCUAA